AUGCUAUCUCCAGUGUUAUCAACGGUAAAUGAUUUCUAUUUGGCUUGUUGCAAAAAUGACCUCGAGAAAGUUCAACAGACUGUUAAUCGCUCUGAAAUCGAUACUAUUGGACCCGUUGGAAAUACAGCUCUUCACAUUGCUUCAAUGCGUAAUUAUGUUAAACUCGUUCGACUGUUACUACGUUACCAUGCUUCGCGCACGAUCCGUAAUGAUGAAGGUUAUACGGCCGAGGAGCUAGCAACCACUGAAGAGAUUAAAGCAGCUUUUAACACUCCUGUACGAACUAUAUCAGACUUCAAACAUUUUGUUGCUUCGUCACGCGAAAUAGAGUGGCUUGAUUCUUAUAAGAAUGCUUACCGAAUUUCUUACGAAAAUCAUGAGCACAUGAAACGGUGGUUGACCAAAGUUCCGCUUCAAAAAUUACUUGAUGCCAUUUGCAAUGAGUAUGUAGACCAAAUGAAUUUCAAAGAUGAAAGUCAUAGAGAAACAAUCAAAACCUAUCUGUCUUAUGCAGCAGAACUAGAGGAUCCUCUAGGUUUAUUGCAAGCAUACACCACUCCGAAAGUUCAAUUUCAUUAUUUGCUUAACCAUGAUUUAGCUGAGUUAGGUUCAGACUUUCGAUUUGUUAGUAGUCACGCUCUGAUCAAAUCAGGAUACGCUGAUAAUGAACCACCAAAGGACAUUGGGCAAUAUAUAUUUGCUUCACUCGUCAUUAAUCAUCCUCGUUUUCGUUCAUACUUCUGUGCUGGUAUUACUUUUCGUGGAAUGAAGAUUACAAGAAAAGAUCUCGAAGAGUACAAUCGCGGAAACAUUAUUAUGACUCGUUCAUUUCUAUCAACAUCGAAGAAUCGAUCUAUUGCCGAGUUAUUUCUUGAUUGUGAAUGUGACGCCACUCAUCCGCCAGUCAUAUGCAUUUAUAAGGUGAUUAAUUCACGAUCAAGUCUUUCAAUAGAAACAAUCAGUCAGAUUCCAGAUGAAGAAGAAGUGCUGAUUGUCCCGUUCACAGUAUUUCAAAUCAAAGACCAACGCGUUGUGCAAGUGAUACAGAAAGGAAGCAUAUGCCCCGUCACAGAAAUUGAAUUAGAAGAAUGCAGCUCUGCAUAA